UAUAUAUAUAUAUAUAUAUAUAUAUAUGUAUAUAUGUAUGUGUGUGUGGAUUGGCGAGUUAGACACGGCCCAUUGACAAAGAAAGAUUCUUCUCUCUCGGACCGGGUGCUCUUCUCACUCGGGGAGUCCUCACUUUCUCUUCUUCCUUUCCUUUUGAGCUGGGGCAAUCAAUCAGUCCAUUCAUUCCCGCCCUUCCUCAAUCAGUAGGACGGAAUCCCCCCCUCUUUUUUUUUUUUGUUUCGCGCAGCCUCAAGAUUCCUAUUUGAUAUGGCACCAUACUCCAAAACAAAACAGUGCCUAUGCCUUUGUAUCUUUCUCUGCUGCAUCUCCUUUGCCUUCACUAGGGACAUUCCAAACAUCCAUAUCCGAGCUGUUAACCUCGGAGGCUGGCUAGUUACAGAAGGCUGGAUCAAACCAACUCUCUUCGAUGGCAUACCCAACAAAGAUUUCUUGGAUGGAACCGAGCUGCAGUUGAAUUCCGUGACGGUCAGAAAGUACCUUUGCGCCGAAUCUGGUGGAGGGACAAUCAUAGUUGCCAACAGAACUUCGGCUUCAGGCUGGGAAACAUUCAGAUUGUGGAGAAUCAAUGAGACCUCUUUUCAGUUGAGGGUGUUCAACAAGCAAUUCAUGGGACUAGACGCUACUGGGAACGGGAUUGGUUUAGUUGCCGUGGCAGAGAUGCCGGGUGGAGCAGAGACGUUUGAGAUUGUCAGAAACUCCGGCAAUUCCAGCCGCGUUAGGAUCAAAGCACCAAAUGGGUUCUUCCUACAGGUGAAGACAGAGGAGCUUGUAACAGCUGAUUCAAAAGGGGAUGGUAACUGGGGAAAUGACGAUCCAUCUGUUUUCAUCAUGACUAAUAGAGGGGGCCCUAAGGGCGAGUUUCAAGUAACAAAUGGUUAUGGACCAAUCAAGGCACCACAAAUUAUGAAGGAGCACUGGAGCACAUUCAUAGUGGAAAAUGACUUCAGCUUCAUAUCUAGCAACGGCUUAAACGCAGUGAGAAUUCCUGUUGGCUGGUGGAUAGCCAGUGAUCCAACUCCUCCACUGCCUUAUGUAGGAGGAUCCUUGCAAGCAUUGGACAAUGCCUUCUUAUGGGCGCAAAAAUAUGGGGUGAAGGUCAUUAUUGAUCUACAUGCCGCACCAGGAUCUCAAAAUGGUUUUGAGCACAGUUCUACUAGAGACGGGUCUCAAGAAUGGGGUUUGUCUGACCAAAACAUACAGCAAACAGUUGAUGUUAUAGACUUCCUGACUGCCAGGUAUGCUAAUAGCCCAAGCCUUUACGCAGUCGAGCUCAUCAAUGAGCCUCUCUCCCCUGGAGUCACCCUUGAGAUUAUGACCAAGUACUACAGUGCUGGCUAUAACGUCGUUCGCAAACACUCCUCCUCGGCUUUUGUGAUAAUGUCAAACCGGUUAGGACCAGCUAAUCCGAGAGAACUCUUCCCUCUUGCUAGUGGCUUCACAGGAGCAGUCAUUGAUGUCCACUACUACAAUCUCUUCUCUGACAUCUUCAAUACCAUGAGUGUUGAACAAAAUAUUGAUUUUGUGUACACCAAUCGGUCAGCCCAAUUGAGUCAAGUUACAACGUCCAAUGGGCCUCUCACUUUUGUAGGUGAAUGGGUAGCUGAAUGGCAGGUUACUGGGGCUGGGAAACUGGAUUACCAAAACUUUGCCAAGGCCCAGCUAGAAGUCUACGGGAGGGCUAGCUUUGGGUGGGCUUAUUGGACUCUGAAGAAUGUGAACAAUUACUGGAGUCUAGAAUGGAUGAUCAAUAACGGUUAUAUUACACUAUGAAUAUUCAUGGAGGUCAGGGGGUAGUUAUAAUUUGUUAACCUCGAUCAGUACCUUCCUUUUAAUUUGUUUUCAAUCGGUCAAUAUUAAUUAUAGCGUGCCAUGAAAAUGGCCAAUAUUCUAGUAAAACACUUUUUGUAAUAGUAUAGUAUAGUAGAUAAUAAAGUCCCGCUAAGGACCAAAAUGAUUAAUAGAGCUCAAUUUUAAUAAA